AGCUGUUUGGCGAUGAUGAUGAUGCUAUGGUGGGUGGCUCCCUUGUCCAGCGCCGCCGGGCUCUCUCCUUACUUCUACGACGCCAGCUGCCCCGAGGCUCUCAGCGUCAUCCGCACCGCCAUCUCGAGGGAACGCCGCAUGGGUGCCUCUCUCCUCCGCCUCCAUUUUCACGACUGCUUCGUCAACGGAUGCGAUGCGUCGGUUCUCCUCGACGAUACGUCUUCCAUGGAAGGCGAGAAGGGCGCAGCACAGAACGAGGGGUCCCUUAGAGGGUUCGAAGUGAUCGACAGCAUCAAGUCUCGGGUGGAAGGCCUAUGCCCUGGCAUCGUCUCCUGUGCCGACAUACUCGCCAUUGCCGCACGCGACUCGUCUGAAGCUAUGGGAGGGCCAAAGUGGGAGGUGAAGCUUGGGCGGAGAGACUCCCUCACAGCCAGCAAGAGCGACGCGGAGAACAACCUGCCCCUCUUCACCGCAACUCUUCAGGAACUCAUUACUGUCUUCGCCGACAAAGGACUCAGUGAAGCAGACUUGGUUGCUCUGUCAGGUGCCCAUACAAUUGGACAAGCCCGGUGUGCAACAUUUAAAGAACGGAUCUACGACGGGAGCAACAUUGAUGCCGGAUUUGCGAGAAUGCGGCGAGGACACUGCCCGGAGGAGGAUGGGGACGGGGACUCCAACCUAGCCCCCUUGGACCUCGUCACGCCCACCAGCUUCGACCAGAACUACUUCAAGAACUUGAUCCAGAGAAAGGGCCUUCUCGACUCGGACCAAGUCCUUUUUGGUGGGGGUUCCACGGACCCACUUGUUGUGGCGUACAGCAAGAACCGUGCCCUUUUCUAUGCUGAUUUUGCGGCUGCAAUGGUGAGGAUGGGUGACAUUUCCCCACUUACUGGCUCACUGGGACAAGUCAGGGAGAUCUGUAGGGCUGCCAACUGA